AAUCAAAUACCUAACAUAAAAAACUCUUAGUAACGGUGAUUUAUAAGAAUCCUCCUUUUCAGAAAUUAGGGUUGAAAACGAAAAAAAAUCAGAAGCAAACAUGGAAAGCGGACAGACGAUUGAAAUGGAAUUUGGUGGUAUCACUUAUGAAUAUGAUCCCGAUUGGCUAUUGCUGAGCCCAGCAGAAGAUUGUGAUUCAAAUUCUCCUAAAUUUGGGAUCCCGAGGUGUGUUGAUGGUUUACAGAAUCUGAAUGUUUUUAAGGCGAGGGAAGAAAGAAAGUGCGAGGAAAAAGAGGUAUGUAAAGUUGGUCAUGAGAAGACGGUAGAUUAUGGGCCAAGAGUGAUGGAUUUGUAUUCAAUAAUCCUGAAGCGCAACAAAAAAGUACCUGCCACUGGAUUGUCUUUGAAAGGUAGACUGAAAGGUGUAAUCCAAGUCUGGGGGGAACCUGAUCUCCGUUGGGACAUAGACGCUGAAUUGUCCGGCGAAGAUGAAGAUAGAAGCACGCUUACCCUGUAUGAUCCCAACACCACUCGCCUCUUCAGCUGUGAUAGAUACUACAGGAUUGCCUUUGCUCUCACUCUGAAUGAUCAAUCUGUAUUGCAAGGUACACUACACGAAGAUGAUUACUUUUAUGAGGAUGCUCGAGUAUUUGGUGAUGGUAAGAGAGUUAGUAGAGGUCAUUUCAAUGUUAAAUGUGAUUGGACAUCUUUGCCCUAUCUUAAUAACCGUCUUCUCGAGAUACGAGUCGACCCGGGUAGCUGCGAUUUUGCUCCUCGCCGGAAUGACUCUGAGUUGCAAAUUUUUGCAUGGUGUGCUGUUAUGCGCCCUGGACUAGUGGCCAAGAUUCAGAUUAAAGUCAAGAAUGGCAGGAACAUCACCACCGUCUCUGGUUCUAUCUAUGCUCGCCCUUGCUGUUUCACCCAUCAAAUCCCCCUUAUCGACUCCCGCGAGAAUACGGAAGUGGCUAAGGAUGGGAUCAUUGUGCUGAAGAGGUUACUUGUCGCUGUUCCAUCACAUGCCUCUCUGGUCAUUGCAGCUGAGAAUCUGGUUGAUAACCAUGAAAACUCUGUUGCUCUCUCUGCCAACACUUUCUUCGUUCCAGAAGAAAAGGCACCGGCCAAGACUAGGAUCAUGUACGAGAAAACAGUUUCCAAGCCUAACAUGUCACAUGAGUAUCUCGAAGCUGAGGUCGAAUGGAUUUACCAAAAAUAUUAGGAUGUUUAUUAUUUGGUUGCAUGUUUGUUAUUGUGCUUUCCCAGUUUUUCAAAAAAUUAUUGCCCCUUGGUCGGGUAAGUGUGGUUGUGUUUCUUAUUUGACUUUCCCUUGUUUGUUGUUGCACUCUUUCUGGUUAGUGUGAAAUGUUGAAGUUUUUCACCAUGUUCAUUUGAUUGGCUUGCAUACAUAGAUUUAUUGUUUAUCCCAUUCUGAUUUUAUAUCUUUGCUGGGCUUUCGUUGCAUCUCUAACUUUUGCUUGUUGCUUAAUUAUGUGCAAAUAGUUUUACUUAGUAAAUGUUGUGGUAUAUGGUUGGGCUACAUGUAUAAAAGGUGAGAGAUAAGUGGUUAAUUAAGUGCAAACAGUGAUGGCCACUCGAGGAUUGUUUUACAAAAAAAUUAGCUUUUGAGAAGUCUGCUUCUAAGAGGUCUGAUAAACUGUUGAAUGUGCUUUUUUGGGGUCUUAGGGUUUAUCUUGGGCUGCUUGAUUUGUUCUGGUGCUGCUCGCGCUUUUCUUGAUUUUGAUUUCGGAUCAAUUUAUGCGAAAUGGAGGUUUUUUAUUUCUGUUUUGAUGGGCUGUUUUGCUGGCAUAUUGUAUAUGCCCGCCGCAACGAAUGCUCGUGCUUUUUGGCUUGGAACAGAUCAGUUAAGAUCUAAUUUGAGUAUGGUAUACUGUGGAUGGUUUGCUAGAAUGAUCCUAUAUGCUUCCUUUUUAUUGCCAUUUUUCUCAACAUUGCUUUGGAUUACUCCAUUAUUUGACAUUCUUAUUGAUAAGAACAUUGAUAAUAGUGGCGGAACACAUUUGAAUUCAAGCGCCAAUGAUGGACAUGUGGGUUUUAUACGAUCAGACUUGACAAAAUUUAGGCUCUGGUGCUUGUUGCUAUCAGGUCUUAUUCAAAUAAUUGCUUUACGGACAAAUUUGCAAAUGUAUUUGAAUGAAGCUUUGUUGCCCUGGUACCAGCGAUUGCAUGCCAGCAAAGUUCCCGAUUUGGAUUUUAGUAGAGCCAAAGUUUUCCUGCACAGUCACUACUUAUGCCUUGUAGUCUUGCAGUUUUUUGCGCCUCCUAUCCUGGUUGCCUAUUAUUGUACCGUCAUGGCAUUUUGUAUGUUUCUUGAUCCACUCGCUUUUUGGUGGCUUUCAAUUCUGAAACCGAGACUUCAAUCGUUGUCGUGUGUUUGCAACUGAUUCUUUAUCCACUUAAUUGAUACAAAUGCAAUACAUUGAGAGACACAAGAUACAUUGGCAGUUGUUUUCUUGUCUUCUUCUUUUGUGAAGUUAGCUGCAAAUUGAGAAUUAAAGCAAGAAUCGUAAUGAGUCGCCCUCAUUUGUUUUCAAUUGAUUGCUUUGUAUUGCAAGAAAGUUGCUAUAUGAUAUAUCUCUUUAAGUCUUAUAAUUUUAGUUUCACCCUUCUCUUAAGUAAGCUGUACUAUACAAACAUUCUAGCUGUGUGUAUAAAAGAACUUUGCUUUCUCUGUAGGGACAA